AUGACAUCUAUGGAGAACAGAUCUGAAGUGAAUGAGUUCAUCCUCAUAGGAUUAACAGACAUUCCAGAGCUUCAGGUUCCUUUCUUCAUAAUGUUCACCCUCAUCUACCUAAUCACCCUGGUAGGAAAUCUUGGGAUGGUAGCCCUGAUCUCCUGGGAUUCUCACCUCCAUACUCCCAUGUACUUUUUCCUCAGUAACCUCUCUCUGGUGGAUUUUGGCUACUCCUCAGCUGUUACUCCUAAGGUGAUGGCUGGGCUCCUCACAGGGGACAAGGUCAUUUCCUAUAAUGGAUGUGCUGCACAGUUUUUCUUCUUUGCAACUUUUGUCACUGCUGAAAGUUUCCUCUUAGCCUCCAUGGCCUAUGACCGCCAUGCUGCUGUGUGUAAGCCCCUACAUUAUACCACUACCAUGACACCACGUCUAUGUGCACAUCUGUCCACUGGUGCUUACAUCUGUGGCUUUCUGGCCUCUUCCAUAGUCAUAGGAAACAUGUUUAGCCUUUCCUUUUGUAGGUCCAAUGUAGUCCAUCACUUUUUCUGUGAUAUUGCCCCUCUCCUUGUUCUCUCUUGUUCUGAUACUCACAUCAUUGAGUUAGUCUUCUUUAUCUUAGGGUCAUUCACUGCUUUGUUCCCAUUUCUUGUCAUCUUCACUUCUUAUUUGUUUAUCUUCAUCACCAUCGUGAAGAUACAUUCUGCUGAAGGCCGCCAAAAAGCCUUCUCCACCUGUGCUUCCCAUCUCACAGCAGUGUCUAUAUUCUAUGGGACGAUCAUCUUCAUGUACUUGCAACCCAGCUCAAGCCAUUCAAUGGACACAGACAAAAUGGUGUCAGUGUUCUACACCAUGGUCAUCCCUAUGUUGAACCCUCUGGUCUAUAGUCUGAGGAACCAAGAGGUCAAGAAUGCUUUUAGGAGAGCUGUGAGGGGAAGACAAUUUCAAAUGGAGCGUAUUUUUCCUUAG